AUGGCGCUGAGUGGAAACUGUAGGACUAACCCCAAAGAGCAAGCAUCAGUUCAGAACAGUUUCCCAGAUGUUGUUGAAUUAAACGUAGGGGGGCAGGUUUAUUACACCCGUCACUCGACUUUGGUGGGCACCCCGAAUUCAUUACUCGGUAAGCUAUUCUCCUCCAAAAAAGAUGCAUCUAAUGACUUGGCGAGAGACCCCAAGGGCCGUUAUUUCAUUGACAGGGACGGGUUUUUAUUCCGAUAUGUGUUGGACUACCUCCGAGACAAGCAAGUCGUCCUCCCGGACCACUUCCCGGAGAAAGGGAGGCUCAGGAAAGAGGCGGAGUACUUCCAGUUACCCGACUUAGUGAAGCUCCUGACCCCUGACGAUAUCAAGCACAGCCCGGAUGACUACUUCCACAGCGACUAUGAAGAUGGGUCCCAGGGCAGCGACCACCGGCAGUGUCCGCCGCCCUCUCUCGUCCCAGCGGACAGAAAGAGUGGCUUCAUCACGGUGGGGUACCGGGGUUCGUGCACCAUGGGCAGAGAGAGUCAGACCGACGCCAAGUUUAGGAGGGUGCCUCGGAUACUGAUAUGCGGGCGGGUGGCCCUUGCCAAAGAAGUUUUUGGGGAGACCCUGAACGAGAGCCGGGACCCGGACAGAACCCCGGAUCGGUACACCUCUCGGUUUUACCUCAAGUUCAAGCACCUGGAGAGGUCUUUUGACAUGCUGUCGGAGUGUGGUUUCCAAAUGGUGGCCUGCAACUCAUCAGUCACAGCCUCGUUUGUCAACCAGCACACAGACGACAAGAUCUGGUCGAGCUACACAGAAUACGUCUUCUACCGUAAUCCUCAAAAUUCAAUCGAACAUGAACAGCAACAUAAGAAAAGAGAGCAUGAUGGAAUCAGAGAUAAAGAGGGCGAGAGCGGAACCUCCUUUAACGAGCUCUCCACCUCCAGCUCUGAGAGCCAAUCAGAAGCCAGCUCUCCCCAGGGAACAGUCAUCUGCGGACCGGUCAACCGCCAGUCACACCCUCAUGCCAACGUCCAAACCCUGGACAGGCCAGGAAAAAAGGGCCCCAUCACCAUGCUUCAGCAGUCUGACCAGCGGCGAAAGAGUGACUUGCUGCGCACGCUCACGGCAAGCUCCCGUGACACCAGCACCUGCAAGAAAAGGCCGGCGAAAGAGAAGCUGACAGUCGAAGAGGAGCUGGAUAAGUGCAUUCAAGACUUCCGCAAGAUCAAGAUCCCGGAGAGGUUCCCUGAGAGGAAGUACAUGUGGCAGGCCGACCUGCUGAGAAAGUACCGCCUCUGA